AGCGACGUAAGAAAGCUGUUGCGUAGCACACUCCUGGUGCAGGAGCUACAGCUAGAGAUCCGUUUCCACACCGGUAGCGUGUGCAUUUGAACUUUGUCUGUCUCCUUCGCAUCUUUUGUCCAGAAAAAUGUCCGACGACGCCUCCGGGGCCGCACCAGCUGGUGGUGGCGGCGCCUCCGUCGAGAUCGACGAGAAGGCCGAUGAUGGCGUGGCAAAAUCCCAGUACCGCGUGGCCCGCAUCCCCCCGCAGUACGAAGCUGCGCUCCCCAGUCUGGAGUACAAGCUGAAGACGAUCGACCACUUUGAUGAGUGUUUCGAGCUGGCCACCGCUGAAUACAAAGACCCCGGGACCGGCCAGAUCCGGCUGGUGAAGAUAUCAGAUGCAAAAAUGUCUGGGUCUGGAGGGAUGCGAACUUGUGAUGCGCAUUUCACAACACAGACAAAUCUCUCAUGCAUAGGCAGCAAAAGAUGCGCACUUCCUGUCACCAAAAUGGGGGAUUUGUCAGGCGGAUUAAGCAAUGCGGAGGCUUCUCGAAAUCUGUGGUGCUAGGGCUAUUUCCAUGACAGACAUUCUGGGUCAUGCAAAAACUGCAUGACAACUAUCUGCAUCCCUCCAGACCCAGACAUUUUUGCAGUGCAUAGAAGAUCAAACGCUGCAAAUUUGGCCCUUUGUCCCCCUGGAUCCCGAUCGCGAACAAGAACGACAUCAAGCUGAAGGACCGGAUCCGGUUCGUGCCGAAAAAGUCUGCGAAGGAGAUACCAAAUGCAAAGAUUAAAAUGUCUGGGUCUGGAAGGGUGCGAACUUGUGAUGCAUACUUGGUGGAUCACACAAAAAUCUGUCAUGCUUAGACAGCAAACGGAGCUCCUUUUCCUGUCGCCGAAAGAAGGUGUUUGUCAUGCGGAUUAAGCAUUGGGAAACCGUCUCAAAACCUGUGAUGCUAGGCCUUGCAUGGCACACCUUCUGUGUCAAGCAGACACAGCAUCACAAACCUCAGCAAUGUUCCAGACCCAGACAGUUUUGCAAUCCACAGGAGAUGCAGGAGGACAAGUCUGCUGCCCGGGCCCAGCAGGUCCAGGACAAACUGGACUCGGUGCUGCAGUCCGACAGCGCGAAGGAGACGCGGUGGAAAUAUCUCGAGGAGGUGAAAGAACGCGACUUAGAGGAAUACUACCGCUCCGACCGGAUUGAGGUAUAAUGAAAUUAUCAAAAAACAUAAAGUAAAUAAAUCAAGAUGGUCAUGUAGCUACGUAGUCCUUGACGAACUUGUACUUGGUCUGCUCUAGAGCGUGCGCUUGAUGUUGACAAACGUGGGUGUUUUCUAUCUCCUGUUACCGUUACGUUAGUUUGCGAUUCCGCUUGUUUCGCAUCAUUAAGUACACAAGUCACAAGAUCUCACAAUAUCGAUUAAUCAUUUUAAUUUUUUGCACUUUGCUGUUCCUCGUCUCUACGAAACCCGGGUCACAACAGAGGUCUUCCUGCGGGACCAAAGACUGGAGUUCUGCAUGCGUAUCUACGAGGAGGUCGAUUUCUGGAGUCAUUUGCGCAUGCCGUUCAAGCUUCCCCGGCUGUUUGACGUGAUCGUCCCGACGGACAAGACCAGUAAGAACGACCGGCUGGACAUUGUCGAGGCCUUUCUGGUGUACGACUUGCCGCGGAGGCUUUCGCAAGCCGAGCUGUUCCACUUUAUGUACCACAUGCACCGGCAGAAAUUCGCAUUCGCGAAACACUUCUCCUCCUUUGUCAACAGCGUUUACUUAAACCCCAUGACCGUUGUGCCCACCUGGAACCUGUCUUGCUACAAUUUCGAGCUGGAAAAGCGGCAGCAGGAGCGGGCCGCCAAGGACCGCAUUGGUGGCCUCGGGGGCGGUGGGGCGACUGCGAGUGCCAACUCGGCGGGCGGAAUUACAGAGAGGCAAAGCAGUAGAGAACAACAACAGGCUGUCAAGGGGAAAGUGCCCGGCAAGGAGAAGCAAGCGGUGAAGAAGAAAAGCUCCACUGGACUACUGAAUUCUAGCGGGAAGCUGACGCGGACGCCGGCUUUAGAGCAGAGCGACGACGGAGGUGCAAGUGGCUCUACUUCGUCCGGAAUCAAAAGCGGCGGUACUUCUAAACACGGCGAGCCGGUGACCACCGAGUAUCAGCAGCGGCGGUACGCACUGGAGCAGAAGCGGGCCGCCGCGAAUUUGCAGCUCCUGAACAAAAAGAUCCGUCCAAAGCACCCCUGCUGCAGCGCCAUGCACCCGGACGACCGCUUUCUGUCACCGGAACAGGUGGUUGGGGGGGAAUUGUCCGACAAAUCGGACGUUUUCGCCGGCGCGCUGUGCAUCGCUGCGGACAAGCUGAAUCGCGUGAAAGACAGUGACGUGUCACUUGAGGAGCGGAAAGCCGCAGAAGUGCCGAUCUGCUCGGGCCUGGAGCGUAUCAAAUGCAAAAAUGUCUGGGUCUGGAAGAAUGCAAGCCUGUCAUGCUUGUCUGGCAUGAAUCGAGAAUCUGUGUUGCAUAGGCACGAAAAGGCCCUCUUACCUGUUAUGCAAAAACGCAGUUUGCAAUGCGGAAUACGUCGUAAGACAUGGGAGCCAAAAUAUUUGUCAUGCAUAGCGGCGUACUGCAGUCCGUCUACCAUUCACUUUUAACAUUACAAGUUUCGAGACCCAGACAUAUUUGCAAUGCAUACAGCCGCCCGUGGAGCGGUUGUGUAUCGGGGCGGGGAUUGCCAUGUUCUACGACGAGAAAGCGCGAAAGCAGAUGGAGGACGCGGCCAGCAAGAAGAAAAAGGGAAAGAAAUUCGUCGACUUGGAUGAUGACGAGGAGAAUGGCGAGAAAAAGCACACUUCAAAAAAAAACGGGGGAACAAGAAAAAGCGCGAAUAGCAAGGCUGGUACAACAACAGACAGCUCAUUAUCCGGCGGGAAGCAGCUGCAAGGAGCAGGCAAUGGUACUACUACAACUUCAUCCGUGGGUGCAGAAGUCGACGAACAGACCACGGGUGGGAUGAAGAAGGACGCAACAGAAGUAGGAGUAGUAGAUGAUCACGGAGGUGAAGUCGUUUCUAGUGCGGCCGAUCAAGAAGGCAGCACAAGAACUGCAACAGGAGGUGGGGACGAGAAGCUGACCGCGACAGAACAUGAGCAACAAGGAGAAUCAUCCGCACCGCAACAAGGUGGAGACACGGACAGUGUGAAAAGAGCUAGCAGCACUCUAGACACCGUCGAAGAAGAGUCCGAGCGCGCCCGGCUGGAGGCGGUCCGGGGGAUGGACAACCAGUAUGGGGUGAUCGUCCCCUUGGCGCAGGUAUGCAUUGCAAAUAUGUCUGGGUCUGGAAGGUUGCAACUUGUGACGCUGGCUUUGGAUUCUGAAAAAGAUUUGUAUUGCAUGAACAGCAACAGAGGUGCAAUUUUUGCUACGCGGAGAGGGCAUUGCUCAUGCGGUAUGAGCAUCAGAAAGCCCUCGCAGAAUCUCUGACGCUACAGCAUGCAUCACAGACCUCGUGGGCCAUGCAAAAUCUACAUGACAAACUCCUGCACUCUUCCCGACCCAGACAUAUUUGCAUUUGAUAGCAGGAGGUGCACCAGAGAAGCACGUCGCCCACCAGUAAGGUGCCGGACAAGUUUGAAGAGAUUAAGAAAGAGGAAAAGCGGAAACAGCAGGAAAAGGAAGAGAAGAAAAAAGCUUCUAGUGCUGGUAGUGCAAGUUCAUCCGCAGGAGCAAAAACAGACACGGCGACGGAUGUUGGUGGAGGAAGUACAAACAAGCAGCAGAACAAAGACAAAGAGAAAGGCUCAUCGUCAUCUGCAGGUGGAGCAAACAAGCUGUCGAGCUCUUCUUCAUCUUCUACCGCAAAUCUCCAAAGGCAAAAUAGCAGUGCUAAGCCCUUUUACACCGCGGAGCAGCAGAAGUCGUUGGAGAAAAUGAAGCAGUACUUCUGGAUAUCCUGUGUAAAAACGUACCCACCCCAGAGUUGUCAUGCAAUUCUGCAUUCCAAAAAAGUUUCUCAUGCGUAGCGCCAUCAAAAGCAUUUUCUAGUCGUGUUUUUCAAUUUGUGAUGCUAUAAUGAGCAUGAUAUACUAGAUCUGUGAUGCUGCUGAACUACCUAAACAGGAUCACACUAUGAGGAGAAACUUGUCAUGCCAACCGACCAAAGCUGGCUGAUUUGUCUAGCAGAUUUCCCAUCUUGACUCUAGUGGUAGUGUGGGGACGUUUUUACAAAUGAUACUGGAAGUACUACGAGCCGCUGGAGUGGGAGGAUAUACUCACCAACAAUGCGGUGUGGGACGCUUUGUCGGAUCCCCGGCUCGAAAACUGCUUCAACUUGGACCCACGCGCGCGGCCGACGGCGUUAGAGAUGAUAAAGCGUUUCGACCAGAAAUACGACCCGGAUAUCGAGGAGAAGGUCCGGUGCGAGAACCGGGGCAUCGAUUUUCACUCCUCGGACCUCGACGAUAAGGACCUUCCGUUGGAAUUAGCGCAGCGGAUGGAAAACGAAUGGGAGCGGGAAAAGUACAGCGACGCGGUCAAUUUUCGCUUCCAUUUUUUGCGGCUGGCGCAAAGGUUUCACGCUGAUUACUACGUGCCGCCGAUCGAGGAAUUCGAUGAGAGGUGGCGGAGCCAGUUUGAAUGAAAAAACACGAAGUUUUAGUACUUACUAACUAAGCAUUAAUUCCUUUGUUCAACAUCUGUGAUUCAGAAUCCAAUAGAAAAGCUGCAGUGUCAUCUUUCAAAGCAAGAAAGUAGAACUUGUUAUGAUCCCACCUGCGGCAUCAACGUCGGAGAUAUUGAUGUUGGGCUCCGUCAGUCGAGAAAAGAAGUAGAGAAUCAGUGAAAAAACGAAUUCGGUUUUGCAACAGUGAACAAAAAACGUCAAUCUCGGUUUUGUUUUCACCGGCACGACAGCGCACGACCUGCACUUACAACUACUGCCACGUAUAUUUACCAGUGCAAGAACUACAAACAGGAAAAAUCGGUCUUCGUAUUCUAUUCCUGCCCAUAAUUGACUACUUAUUAAGUAGUACUUACAGCCUAGUCGUACCGAGCAAAAAGAAGCAAAGGCAAAAUGAGAAUAAAAGCCUUAAUAAUAUCAAUCGUGAUUUUCAUUCGGUCUGCUCGUGCACCGCGUCGUACAAAAACAAAGAAGGACAAAUACCGAUGUGAAUUGGAUUGGUCGUCUCCUAUUUGUACUUUCGUCGUUUUCGUAUUCGUGGUCUUGUUUUUGAUAACAUUCAAAUUUAUCCUUGUCUUGUUCCUUUACCGAUGCACUACCUACAGGACAAAAAAUCACGCCAACUUUUGGUCCCCACACGACAAUUCGAGCUUUACCUGACUCUCACUAGUUUCCCACCGCAAGAAAUUUAUACUUCGCAACUGCAUCCAAGCUAGUACGGAGUCUGACUAAGCUGCCGUAUUGUUCAAUCAGAUUAAGUUUCAGAGCAAAAGCUACUUGAGUUUCCGAGAAUAAACUAACAACCUCCUUUCGUAGGCAUCAUGGUGCAAGAAUUGAGUAUUGCGGACAAGAUCGCCGCCCUGCGGAAAACCUCCAUCGUGCUGGGCGCAGCACCCUGGGAACUGAAAAAGCGCGAGGGACGCAGGACGGACUGGGUAUAAUAGAUUCAUAUUUAUUUUUUUAGUAGUACAACUAUCAAACCGUCUUGCUGCUGCUCAAUGCUGAAUCUUGCACUUGAUGAAUGAUCCAUAUGAAGCUUGCUAAUGGCUAGGGUUUAACUCUAAAGCGCACGACACCAAAAUUAAUUCAAAACGAAUUCAAACCGAUUUCAAAAUGUAGCACUUUCGGCGUUUCGGAAACGUCAGAGUGGCCUGAAAGUCGUUUCCUUCGUUUCCUCAAAUCGGCUAAUGUUGAGCGAAAGGCGAAGCGCCCGUCGCACCCGUUGGCGUUGUCUUGAAAGUGGCGCCAGCGUCUAUGCUUCAGAAUGUAUCUGCUAUUGCGCAGGUCCCAUGCCAUGGCUUGGGACAGUGAGCCCUUCCGGCGCAUGGUUUCUGUUUGUGGCGAUGGCCUAAUCAUCUCGUCUGAACCAGGCGCCGUCGUCUCUCUGAGGCCGCCGCCUGGCGCUGGUUUAUCUUCUAUCAGACGAGGAGGACGCGCGGCAGCCUUCGCGCAAAAAAACGAAGGGGCUGCUCAGGAGUGCCUAGCGCUCCAGCUUGGCUGGCUGGCGCACAGUAGCACGGGGGUUAAAGCGAGCGCAUCUGCUGCGCUGAGUCGUGCCCCUAUUUUGGUAGUUGAGCCAAUGUUUCUAGCACGAGCAGAGCCCUAAAACAAGUAAAGACGACGCAGGGCAGAGCGCAAUAGGAAUAGCCGGGCCGUGUUUGGUGCGCUUCAGGGGUAGAACGUAGCGCCAGCGCGUCUGACUUGGCAGCGUCGGGGCGGUGUUUUCCUCUCCUCUGGUUGACCCAGGUCUUGCUUCUUGGAACUGUGUGCUGACCACACGACAACGUCCGGUGGAGUGGCUCCAACAUUGGCGGCGUCUCCAGGCCGGGACCCUGCGAUGGACGAUUAGCACUCUCGGCAGGCCCAGUCCCGUUCUGGGCGCGGGAUUGCCUGCUCAAGUGUGGGCCGGCCCCUUCUCCUCGCGCAGUGCGCCUACCUCCACAGAGCUGCCUGCCUGCGGUUUCGCUUAUUCCGGCAGCCCGGGCGCCGGAAGGGCAUUCCGGACGGAGCAGUCCCGGGGCCGGGCGACUGGUGUGCUUUUCUCUUGCCAAGAGGGGGGGUUGCGUAUUGGCUUCCCCAGUUACCGCACUCGUAGACGGUUUUUGUAUUUUUCCGUAUUUCUCGGAGAACAGAAAUUCGAACUCCGAUUUUCUGUUUCCGGGGCUCAUUUCAAAAUCAAGUUCAAAAUCCGUUCAAAUUCCGUUCAAAACCAAAUUUCUAAUAUGGGGAAGGGGCUUUGAACGGAUUUUGAACGGAAAUUGAACGGAGAUUUGAAUUUCGUUUUGAAAUUGGCGGGGAAUUUGAAAUACGUUUUGAAAUUGGCGGGAAAUUUGAAUCACGUUUUGAAAUUGGCCUGUGGGAUGAAUUUCGUUUUGAAAUUGGCCUCCCCCAUAAAUGACGCUUCGAAAUGUCAACCGGGGGCGAAGCCACGCUCCGAGCCUAGGGCCGGGGCCACUCGACCGCCAGCAUGCCUGAAAAUUGCCGCCAGGUAGCCCCCACAGCAGCAGCGGCAAAGGUAUUCUGGAGGCGCGCGCGCUGCGCGCGCGCGUAUUAUUCAUCUUUCAUUCGCCAGCUAGGGCCAGCAAUAAAUGCCGCGCGCCCUGUGUCCUUCUUCGUGUUUUGGCAAAGCGCAUCGAAGCGCGAAGGCCUGUGGCAUCGCUUGGAGUGGAUGGCUGGAAGCCGGACAACCUGGGGCCACUGCGCUUGUGUGGUCGUCCACGCCCAAUGCUGUGGCUGCGCGGCUAAUUGCCUUGCUUCAGGUAGAUUCGUUGUCUCUGCGGUAGUUGCUGCUCCCCACAUGGUGGCCUCGGGAGUUCGACGCGGGCCGCGACGGUGGUAACCGAAGGGCCAGGCCUCUCUUGUCCCGCCUUGCAAAAAAAGCAAUCCGCCCUCCUGAAGGUUGGGCGCUUAUUUUUCAUACUCAUCCGGGCGAGUAGCAUAGCGUAGCCUCCUCGUGUAUUGUGGCCUUUGGUUGUGGUGUCUUCCACCGCCCGGCCCCGUGCUGCCUGCGGCCGGCGGGAGGGGUGCCCGGUAAGCUCGGCUUUGUCGGGCGUUUUCCUUCCACAAACCGGCGGAGGGCGCUCGGUGGGAUCGUUGAAUGAUAGAUGCUCGCCGAGGAUGGUGUGAGUGUGAGAGCGGUACAACACCACGAGCGGGCGGUGAGUGAUGGGAGUCUGCUUGCGACUAUUGUCCCCAAAGCGUUCAUUGUGUGGGAUGACGACCAAACCUGGGCCAGGUUCUGUGGUGGGGCGGGCAUGGCAACUGCUGACUUUUUUUGCAAAAUGACCCUCGCCACAGGUGUCCAAUGGCACCAUGAAAGUCUGAAACAUUGAAAUUUUGAAUUUGGUUUGAAUUCGAUUUGAAAAAGAAUUAAUUUUCGGUGACUUUGGAUUUAACUAGGGUGUUCUUGUACUAAUGCACACUUGGUUCAUCUUGAUCACGACAUCAAAUCGAAAAGAAAGUUAACCACGCUCGUCAUGAGACAACGAACGUAAAUAAAAGCAAAACUACUGUACCACGAAAAAGUUUUUUUUACGCAAGAUGAACAAAAUCGAUAGGAAUAAAAAUCAAAAACAGAACCACGCCGGGCGCCCGCGCAACGGCGAGAAGCUCCAAGCCAAGGCCCCGGCAAAAGUGGAAAAGGUUCCGGUUUACACAACCGCGAAACUUGAGUCGGAGAUGAAGGCCCGCUUCCAAGUCGUCGGCUUCACCCAGGCCUCGGCUUUUUGAGGUGCUGAAGCAAAUUAGCUUUUUGUAGUAGAACAAGGGUAUAAAAAUACAGUACAACACGCACAAUGAAUUCUUUAACAGAGCAGGAAGUUGUCCCCUCACAAAUCUUCCUCGUCUAGAUAAUCAAACAGCCCGCUUUCACAUUUUACGUAGCCCGUGAACUACGUUGGUUCUUUAUUUGCUCACUGCAGUUCCCGUCGUCGGUGGGUCAGUGAAAUAAAAAGACUAGCGGCGCAUAAUUUUUUCCUCGACAAAGUUUUGUGUAGUUCUAUGAGUUUCACAACAGAUUGUUUGAUGAGCGUAAGUACCCCGACCGCGAUGCAUUCAUGAAGCAGUGCAGCCACAACAUCAAGUCGAAAUUUUGUGACUACUCGAUAGAGUUAGAGGAAAAACACAAUACAAAAGUUGUACUCACCUAAGCUAGCUUGGUACCCCCAGGCUGCGAUUGACCAUAAGCAUAGCAUUUUCAUCACAAGAAGUCACACAGAAGAAUAUACUGGGCCAAGAAAGCUGCAACCCUGCUAAUUGACGCGUAUCCCCCUGUUCCUUGCGAAAAUUACUAAAAGUUUUUGCG